CUAAUUAUUAUAAUCUGCGAACAGAACUUAACCUACUCGUUAUUUAUAUAAAUUAUUACAACAAUUUUAAAUAUAAACAUUAACAAAUAAUAGAAUAUGAAGUUAAGAAACGAACUAUUAAGUAUAUUGGAAAAUAAAAAUGAAUCCUUUGGUAAUCGCCUCAAACUAGCCGACACCAUUAUAAGAAUCCCGGAAAAAUUGUUAGAGGACGAAGAAUCUAUUAUUAUCAGAUGGCUUUUAAAUGAAAUAAAUCACGAAAGCCCUGAAUCAUGGGAAAUAUUACUUUCUUGGUUAACAUCAGAAAAGUUGAACUGUGUGUUUAAUGCUAAUUCUAUAACUUUGAAUCUUCUUAUACAAGCUAUUUUAAUUAAUAUACAGAAAGUUAACAGCCAUCUCAAAGAAACAUUGAUAAGUAUUUCUUUGUUAAUUCUAGAAAACAAUGUCCCUCAAAGUUUUAUCAAGUCAAACAUAAGUGAUUAUUGCUGUUUUCUGUUUACAGUUAUAAAUGAGAUAGAUAAUCCACUAUCUUUAGCAAAAUUUUUGGAUAAAGAUAUUUUAUACAACAAAAAUGUUGUUACCAACAAUACUUUCAUAUUAUAUUUUGUCAAUAGUGGAAUAAGUAUUUUAACAAAAGUUAGAAAAAAAUUUUGUGGUAAUCAAAAUGUUUGCAGAAGUAUUUCAACAUUCAUCGAAAAGGGCAUUUUUCAACAUAGUAAAAAGGCUUUUGAUUUAUACUACUCCAAGUUAUUUGAAGACAAAAAAUGUUCAGAAGAAAUAUUUUUUCCAAAAUUGUUACUUAAUCAAUUAAAGACUGCUGUGUCUACGAAUAGAAUAGACACACAAAUCAUGUUUGAAAUAAUAUUUGAAUCUUAUAACUAUUGCUACCAAAAUGAUUUUGGAAGCAUUUACAAAUUUAUCAUUUUAAUUCUUGAUAUGCUGGGAUUUUCACAAAAAAUAUUAUUGGAAGUCAAACUGAAUGAUUCACAAAAUUUGAAUUUAAAUUGCACAGAAGCUCUGGAUAUUAUUGCUAGUAUAUUUAGGAUUUUAACUUCAAAUAAUAUUGAUUUAAAUUGUAAAGUUAAAGAAGUAACAUUUGAGAGUUUUCUAGAAGACUUUAUAGUUUCAUUAGUAGCAGCAGUGAGACAUCCAACUGAAGAUGUAUAUGAUAUUUUCUUGCAUCUUUCAUCAAUUGCCCCUCUUUCAAUUGAGAGGAAGCUAGAUAUUUUAUUGCCUUAUUUCCUACUUACAACAAAACACAAUGAGAAAUAUCCACAAUUAUUAAAUAUCUUUAUGGAUAUAUUUGCAAAAUUACACAGACUGCAAAGUUUUGUUUCAAAAAUGGUAAAACUAAUGAAGGCUCAUUUGUGUAACCAUAAUGACACACAUGAUAUUUAUAAUAUUGAAACACUAAACAUUGAUUCAAUGUUUCCAAAACUUGUGCAAGAUAAUUUUACAAAUUCUUUGGCAGCAUUGGCUAGUUGGCAAGUUAUGAACAUUUUUAAAACCCUUAUUUUCCAUCUUAAUGAAGUUCAUGACGAUUUACAAACAUUAGCAGAUGAUUUUAGAUAUGUGCUCUACGUUGAGAUUAUCAGCAUGCUUACUUGUCUUUUACUGAGUACCACUAGAAUAGCCGAGCAUACGAUUUCCGAAACCAUUGUAGAUAACUUCAUUUGUGGAAUGAAAGAAUUACAAGAUAUUAUUAAGAGUUUUGGAAUUUCUCUUGUUAAGAGGGAGCAUAAUCCAAGAUUAAUGUAUGCCUACUUAAAUAUCUGUUAUAACUGGGCAGAUUUAUCAAUACUAAUGAAAUGUCAUUUAAAUAGAAGAAACAUGCACUUCAAUCUAACUCUUGACAGUGAUAAUACUGGGUAUAACAUAACUUCCAUCCAUCCCUACUUAACAAGAGAUCAGUGGUGUCUUAUUGCAGAAAGAAUUACAAAUUUUGGGGAAGCUCCUUGUAAAAAAAUAAUGCAUAAACUGUUAGUUCAAAAAUUAAAGGCCUUAUUUAUUUUUGAAAAGGAAUUUUAUGAAGAAGUUGAAACGAGCGUUAUAAGAAUUAUUAACAAGAACAUCGAUAGUACUUGGGAAGAUUUAUUGUGUGAUAAUUUUGCAUUAAAACACAUUGGUCCAAGAUUAGAUAAAACUUCUUUAUUGCAAUUAUCUGAAAUUAUUUUUAAACAAUUCCAUAAAAGUGAUAAUAUAUUUCUUAAAAGAAAUGCUGAAAUUUCAAAUUGUGAAGCUUUAAUUUCAGCCAUACUUUAUACAAAUCUAUCAAAAAUAAGUGGCUUAUUUAAAGGAAAGAGAAAACAUGGUGAAUCAGCUGUAAAACAAAUGAGAACAUACACCUUUUUUUGUAAUAUUCCUUGUGAUAUUAUUCUUUCUAAUGGCAAUACAACUGCAGAUGAGUUCGAUGUUGUUUUAAGUAAUUUUAUUACAACAGCAAAUCUAAAAGAUACGGAUACUAAAGAUGAUUUUAAUGAAAAGAAAAUUUACGAAUAUUUAGAAAUAUUUGGAAAAUUACCGGUCCUGUUUUUGUCACAAGAAGUUGAAACUGCUCUUUUUCUCUAUUUUAUAAUAAUUCUGUUAGAUUUGAAACUUCUUCAGUCUGCUGUAAGUGAAAACUGCGAGAGGAUUAUUAUUGGUUUUCUAAAAAAUGAAAAAAUUCUUUUUGAUAGAAUACCAAACAUGGAUUUUAUUUUGCAAACUAUAUUAAAAUGUUUUAACAAUUAUGAAGAGGCUUUUGCUCUUCUGUGUAUUAAUAUACUUACAAAGUAUAAUGGUAGCAAUUUAUUAGAAGUGAAAAAAGAAUAUAAAUUAGUAGAAGGUAUUAAAAAUUUUUUAUUGCCAAAUAUAAGAGAACCAAAAUAUUUACAACUUGCAAUAGUUACUAUUAAACAGAUAAAUAAGUUCAAAAAGUUGAAAAUAUCACAAGAAGGGAAAAAUGAAAUUUAUACUUUGCAAUUACAAAUGUUACUUGGUUGUGCUAAACUCUUAGAGGAGGUAGAUUUAUUUUCGCAACCGCAUUUUAUUGAAUGUUACAAUUUAGUUUUGAAGCAUGCAUUAGAUAAAGAAGAUGAAACAAUUCUGCCACAACUUAUAUUAAAGUUGGAAGAUUGUCUUAAUAACAUAUGUGUGGCAAGAGAAAGAGCAAACGUACAAGAAUGUGUUAAAUUAUUUAUAACAAUUUUUCAUUAUAAAAAUAAAAUAAAUGUUGACACUAGUAUUGCAACCAAGACAUGGGAUUUUUGCAAAUCUAUUGAUAUUCAUGAAAGUGAAUGGGAAGAAUAUUCGAAGCUGAUUAUUUUACUCUUUGAACAUAUGUCAAAUGAGGAAUUCUCAGAAGCUUCUCAUGAAUUAUUACAAAUUAUCACUGAUGAAAUUCACAAAAAUGAAACAAAAGGUGUUUAUUUAUUACUUAAAAAAUGUAGUUCAGUUUUAAAUUGCAAUUUUAAUCCUACAAAAACCGAAACAUGGCAAAACGUUUUGGAGAAUCUUUUUAAAUUUUUGUUAGCGUACGUAACGAUUAGUCAAAAUGGCGAUUUUAUCCUAAAUUCACUUAUUGAACUGGAGCUGAAUUUGAUUAAGUCGGUCCAAUUUCAUAUAUCUAGUUCUCUCAUGGAUUACAUUUUCGUAACAGUUUCAGUUUUUAUCGCUAAAAGUGAUACUGAUUUUACGGAAGUUUUCAAUUUAAAUUCCACAGUUUUAGAAUGUCUCUUGAAAUUUCGCAAAGUUCUCAUCAUGGAUAGACUCGCUUCUUUUUUAAAAUUGUAUAGGAUUUUACUUAGCAAGUUAUGUUUAAAAAGUAAUGUUGAAUUACCAAACAGCACCACUGAAGCUGUCAAACUUUCAAAUUGUGCUCUUAAGUUAGAAAGAAUAACAUUCAAGUUGGCCUCCAAUGGAAAAUACAUUGCACGAAUUUCUCCCUAUUUAAUUGCAGAUAUAUUAAACGAAUAUGAACGGGUUACAUUACUUCCUGACGUAAAAUUUCAUUUAAAUAAUUGCCUCUACAAUUUGAUGCCACUUUGUGAUCAUCAUGCCAUAUCCUAUUGUCUACGAAUUUUAAGUCCUUCAUCAGCAGAGUUAUUCAAAGUUGUUCAUGGAAAUUAUAAAAAAUACUAUAAAUUUACAGGAAAGGUGUAACAUAAUACAAAUAUGUUUUUGUUCUAUGACAACUACAUAGUUUUCAUAUUUUUUACAUGACAUGUUUAUAAUACACAGUUUAUAAUAAAAAAUAGUU